AUUCUGGAAAAAAAAAGUGUGCCUUGAUAAAUUUUGAAAAAUACAUUCGUUUUUAUUUAAUCAUAGAAAUAAUUUAUACACCAAAAUGUAGGAUAACUAUUAAACUUUAGAAUAAUGUGAAAUAAACAGCUUAAUCGUAUUAUUACUAUUUUUUUCGUUUAGUUUUUAAAUAACGUUUUUUUACCAUUCAUACAAAAAUCGAAUUGCCACCCUACCUACCUCAUACUUUUACACUUCAUAAAAUGCGAACUGUAACAUGAAUAUUGUGCAUUUUUGUGUAUUGUGGUUCUUCAUGAAAUGUAGUUACUGAAAAUAAGUGAUUUUCUAUGGGGUUGCUUAAUAAAUUCAUAAUUAAAUGCAAAAAAUAUAAAUGAGUCGCGUCAUUUUACUUUUUAGUAACUACUCUUUAGUUGCGUUUUAUUUUACUUCCAAGUAAUUUCUGAACGCAUUAAUUUAAUUUUCAAACGGGCAACCCUAGCUGCUUUCUGAUUGGUUGUUGGUUUGACGUCUCCGCCAUUACAUUUAUUGUGAAAAUCAGAUGUACACGUGUUUUGUUGAGUGGGAAUACUAUUUCGUGACAGGAAUUAAAACAGCCUUUUUUCACAUAACGGAAUGCCACCUAAAACUAAUGCCGAAAGGCAAAAAGCUUACAGAGAAAAACUAAAAAAGGAAAAGCCAGCAAAAUAUGAGAAAAUUCGAGUUAAGCAUUUGGAAAAAAUAAAAGAAAAUAACAAAAAGAAAAAGGAAAUGCUUACAGAAAAAGAAAAAGAAGAGUUACGAGAAAAGUGGAGACAAGCCAAUGCUAAAAGAGCUGAAAGAAAAAAGAAGGCUAACCUUACCACACAUGACAAAAAUACAUUAGAAGUUAGAAAAAACACUUAUUCUAAUACAAAAAUCUUAAAGGAAACACUAAAAAACCUAAUUGAAGAAAAUAAUCAGUUAAAAAGACGUAAUAAGAAUUUAAAGCAAGCCUGUAAUCGGAUGAGAAAGCGAAUGGUCAAUCUGAAAAAACUACUACAUCAACAAACUGUGACUAAUAAUGACGUUAUUUCCAUUGAACCAACUGCUAAAACACCACAAUGUGACGACACACCAUUAACGAAAUCAAAUAGUUUCAUAAAAGAAGUUUUACCAAAUGUGUCUCUGGUAGAAAAAGGAAGGGUGAAAAAGAAGUUACUUUUACUAAACACAAUUACAGAUUCUUUAAAGACAGAGUUUAAUAAAGCAGAUCCCAAAGAGAGGACAAUACUAAAAAAGGUAGCUACAAACGUAAUUGCAAAUAAAAAAAAAUUAAAAACAGCUAUUUCUAAUGUUCUUGGCCUGAAAGGAAGAAUCAGAACGACGACAAAAGGAAGUAACCAAAUGAGAAAGAAAUAUAAAAAAGAAAUCCAAAAUUUCUUUGCAAGAGAAGAUGUAAGUAGACCUAGCGCAGGGAAAAAAGAGUGCAUAACGAGAAAUAAAGAAAAAGUACAAAAGAGAUAUUUAAUUGAACCAAUAUACAAGCUCUAUAGAAAAUACAGGACAGAAGGUGGUAAAGCAUCUUUGCAAACUUUUUAUCGGUUCCGACCAUUCUUUGUUGUGAAACCAAGACUUCAAGAUAGGAAUACUUGUGCUUGCAUAAAGCAUUGCAAUUUAUUGUUUAAGGCAAUAUCUUUGAAGAAGCUAGGUUUACUUCAAACAUCUGACAUUGAUGAACUUAUGAAAAAUGUAAGUUGCAGCAAUUCUUUCAAGUGCAUGUACUCCGAGUGUUCUGAAUGCAAAGAUAAGAAAUUAGCUAUUGAUUUGACGAUAAGUGAAGAUAGUCCCGUGCAAUGGCUCCAAUGGAAAAUGAGCACGUAUACCUAUACUAAAAUUGGCAAAAAGAAAUCAGAAGAAAAACAGACAAAGAAGUAUUUAAAACAGAUAGUGAAAGGAACAGUGACUACAUUAAUUAAAGAAUUUCAAGAUGAUAUACAAAAAUUUAAAACUCAUUACUUCAAUGUUUCGCAUCAGUACUUGGCGUGGAAAAAGUGUAUUGAAAACCUUGAUGAAGAGGAAGCAGCAUUGAUUUGCGAUUUUUCAGAAAACUUUUCAUGCAAGCAAUCUGAAGAAAUUCAGGCUGUCCACUUUGGAGGAUCCCGGAAUCAAGUCACAUUGCACACUUGCGUUCUUUACAGGAAAAAUGCGAAUCCCCGAUCGAUAUGCUCCGUAUCACCAAGUAAUGAGCAUGGUCCUGGAGCAAUCUGGGCUCAUUUGGAUCCAAUAAUGAAACUAUGCAAAGGCUUUAACAUAAAAAAUAUUCAUAUAUUUUCUGAUAGCCCAGCAACGCAGUACCGCCAAAAACAUAAUUUCUACUUGUUUCAAAAAAAUAUAAAAGAAUAUAAAUAUGAAUAUGCUACUUGGAAUUUCUUUGAAGCCUCACACGGCAAAGGUCCAGCUGAUGGGGUUGGUGGAGCUUUAAAACGACAACUUGAUAAUCAUAUUUCACAUGGCAAUGACAUAAUCAACGCAAAAGAAGCAUAUGAAUAUUUAUUAAUUAACAGCAGAGUAAAAAUGUUUUAUAUAAAUGAAAAUAACAUACAAAAUAUGAUGAAAAUGAUACCUAAAAAUGUUAUUCCCAUAAAAGGUACAAUGAAGAUUCAUCAAAUCGUAAUCGACGAUAAUACGAAAAUUAAAUAUAAACUGUUGAGCUGCUUUGAUUGCAAAAAAAAUAACAUCUGUUGCGACUGUUACCACACAAAAGAACACGAACUUCUACCCACCAACUACCUAACAGGGCCAAAAGCUGUACCAUGUCGUAAUAAACGAAACGCCUUAAAAAUACAGAACACACCAGCAAAAAGAUUCAAAAGAAUAAAUAGUUCUACUACAACGGAAAGUGACGUCAGUGUAAGAUAUUAUGAUGAUUUAGAUCCGAGAGAUGUAGAAUUUGAGAGUGAAGGCGAUGAUAAAAUUACAAACUUUAUAAAGAAUUUUAAAAAAGUAGAGAAAGUUGAUCUAGUUUCAGAUAUAGAAGAGCUAACGCAUUUAAGGUUUAAAGAUAGAGAAACUCAGGACUCAGAUGUGGAAUUUGAAAAUGAAGACAAUGAUAAAGUUACAGACUUUAUGAAGAAUUUUGAACAAGAAGUAAAAAUUGAUCUGGUCUCUGAUAUUGAAGAGAUAACGCAAUUUAGGUUUAAAGACAAGGAAACACAGGACUCAUGGGAAAAGAAAACAGGCAAGAAACGAGAACCUACAGAAAACGAAAAAGUAACAACGUUAUCUUCAUCAAGAUUUAUGUCUGCAAAUCGUGCUUUCUAUAACCCCGAAAAUAAAGUCGACAAGGCAGAAGGAUUGACUACGGAAAACGAAAUAUAUUCUACACAAGAAGGCAAAGAAACAAGAAAAUAUAAAGGAAAAGGCAUUGGAAAAAAGACAGUAAAACACCAACAACUUAUAAAAGAAGAAAAAUAUCCAAUUGAUACAAUGAAUGUAUUAAGACAAAUAGAUGACACAGAACAAUCUAGUAAAGAUUUAAAAAGUCGCAGAGAAGAAAGAUCAUCAACUGAUUUGAAUUCUCUGCCAAUUAUUUUCUUUGAUAAUUUAGUAAGUGACGAAGUUUUAGUUACGAACGAUGAAUAUAAGCUUGAUGCAACGAUAUUUAAUGAACCAGAAUAUAAUUUAAACUAUUUUGAUGAUAAUAUUAAUAUUGAUGAUAUGAUAAUAGAAAAGGAUAAUGCGAAAGAAAAUAACACUGAAAAUGAGAAUGGUAGCAAUGAAAGUGUCAUACCAAUUAUAGAUACUCACAAAAUAAAACGCAAAAUACCUGGACUGACUAUUAUCAAAGACGAAAGACUGGAAAAUAAAGAUACGAAAAAUAAAGUGGUUUAUAAGUCACUGAAACCCCUAUCAUUAAAUAAUUAUAUUAAUGCACCAAAACGAAAUAAUAAACCAAAGUCUGAAAAACUUAGAUCAGGAACUUCGAUUAUGAAACAGAAUGUUUUUAAUUAUUAUAAAGAUAAGGAAGAAAUUUACAAAGCUCUAAAGGAUACUGACUCAAAUUAAAGUUACGAAUUUAAAUGUUUAAAUUACAAACACUGUUUCGAUUCCAAAAUUUUUUUUUAAACCUAUUGUACUACUAAAAAUUUAAAAAGCUUGGUAAUUUGAUUACAAUACGUUAAUGAAUA